CCCGCUCACUUGACGGUUUGUCUCGGUGGAUCUCGAACCUCCGCACCGAGCCGCUCUCACUCUGCUCGCCGCCGCUGGGUUGCGGUCUCUCGGCCAUGGCCUCCAUCGUCUGCCGGGUCCAGUUCCUGGAGGACUCGGACCCGUUCAUCUGCACAAACUUCCCCGAACCUCGGAGACCUCCGACCGUGAAGGUGGAGGAGAACCUGCCGCUCAGCGAGCAGCUCCCCGGGAUCCACAAGCUGCUGGAGGCGCCGCUGAAGUUGGAGGAGUGCACUCUUCAGUUGUCUACUAAUGGAAACUAUCUGGACCUGGACUUGUCGUUGUCGGAGCAGAAAUACGAGCUGGAGAGUUUCUACGAAGACGUGAAAAAAGGAAAGAAGCCGAUUCUGAUCCUGAGGACUCAGCUCUCUGUUCGUGUUCACUCCAUCCUCGAGAAACUGUACAACUCUCAGGGUCCAGAGCUCAGACGCUCUCUGUUCUCUCUCAAACAGCUUUUCCAGGAUGAUAAAGACCUGGUUCCAGAGUUCGUGGCGUCUGAAGGUUUGACAUGUUUCAUUCAAGUUGGAGCCGAGGCCGACCACAACUAUCAGAACUACAUCCUGAGAGCUCUCAGUCAGAUCAUGCUCUUUGUGGACGGGAUGAAUGGAGUGAUAAACCACAACGAGACGGUUCAGUGGCUCUACACUCUGACAGGAAGUCUGUCUCGUCUGGUGGUGAAAACGUCUCUGAAGCUUCUCAUCGUGUUUGUGGAAUAUUCAGAGUCCAACAGUCCUCUGCUGAUCAACGCUGUGAACACGGUGGACACACGCAGGGGUGUGAAGUCGUGGAGUUAUGUGAUGGAGGUUCUGGAGGAGAGAAACGGCUCCGACACUGAGCUGCUCAUGUUCACCAUGACGCUCAUCAACAAGACUCUGGCAGUACUCCCUGAUCAGGACUCGUUCUACGACCUCACAGACAGUCUGGAGCAGCUGGGGAUGGAGAACAUCAUCCACAAACACAUGAACAACAAGACGACGGAGACCGACCUGCGAGCUCAGUUCACUGUGUACGAGACAGCUCUGAGAAACGAGGACGGUGAGGUCGACGACUCCGCCCCUCACCUUCGUAAGGAAAGAAGAAAGAUGGCCUCCAGCGAUCAGGAGGGACGGAAGAGCCGCCGCUCGUCCAGUCAAAACCUCCCCGACCUCCUGUCUUCCUCUGCAGGCUCCUCCCCCUCCACCUCACCCAUCCCCCCUGUCUUCACCCUCCACCGCAAACACCCCCUCUCCCCCACCAUCUCCUCCGCCUCUUCCUGCAGCCCCACGGCGGGACUCGGCAGCAGGACCUCGUCUCCGUUCACCUCCGAGACCGACAGUCCCACCUCCAGUCCGUCUGGGUCUCAGAGAGGGUCUCCACUGCCCCCCCAUACCGCCGCCAAUGGCACCAUGACCACAGAGCAGGACACCAAGACGCCAUUGAGCCCGAGUCGCUCUUUCCUCAGCCACCACAUGUCGGCUCUGGGUCUGAGCAGGAGGUCCCGGCUAUUCUCCAAAACCAGCUCCAUCUCUGAGGAGCCUUCAGCGGCCGGCAGCUCGUCCUCCACAGACGUCGUCUUUCAGGAGAAGUCGUCCCAGUUGAAUCCAGAGCAGUCGAGCACCAAGACGGAGACUAAGAGCGGAUUCAACUCUGGGGAGUCUGACGGGCUCUUCUGCUCAGAUGACUGUAAUGUAAAACAGGACAAGCCGGUUCUAAAGAGGUUUGAAGGUAACUUCCUGCGCAGCCUGGCCGCGACGCAGUGGGAGAAGAAGAGAAGAAGUAAACACUUCAGCCAGUCCAGGCUGUCCUCGUCUGAUGACAUCAUAACCCCGAGCUUUCGGCCCGCGGAGGAGGAGGAGGGGGGAGGGGCCGCAGAGCCGUCACGUCACGAUUCCAGCAGCUCGGACGCAAACGGACACUCAGACUCGCAGAAUGACCCCGAUGCCUCUGUGCAGCGUCCGUGCAGCACGCUCUCCAAUGACAAGAAGUUCCUGCUGGACAUGCUCUACUCUAAGACUGCUGCCUCAGUGCCGCUGAGCCCGACCGCUGCCACCGCCGCUGACACCAGCGAGGAGACAGUGAGCGUCCAGGCUGGUGGAGCAGACCAUGGCGGUCGGGGGCGUGUGCUGGAGCGUCUGUCCAGCUUCACGUCGCGCUCAGUGGAGCCGCCUGCAGCCUCCGAGAGCAGCGCCUCCCGCAGGGCGGAGCUGGAGGGGCUGGAAGGAUCCGCCCAGGCAGCGCUGGCUCGACUGGCUGAAGAACGACAGAACCGUUUGGUCCGGCAGCAGAGCAGCGUCGACGUGGAGGGCCCCGCCCGCCGCCUGGAGACCACCCAGAUGACCCCGCUGGGCGCCGGGGGCCCGUCCGACGCCUGGGACCAGCUGCAGCCGAGCGCCGCCGCCCUGCGCAUCAAAGACCUGGACUUCUCCGACCUGCUGGACGAGGAGGACAUCGACGUGUUGGACAUGGACACGCUCGACUCCACCUCCGCCUGCUUCUCUGGCAUCCCUCCCCACCCUCCUCCCCAGGCUGGCUCCCCUCCUCCUCCUCCCCCGCCUCCACCACCUGGGGGCAUGGCUCCACCCCCACCACCUCCCCCUCCUCCAGGUGCUCCUCCUCCCCCCUCGUCCUCGGCGGGGUCCUCUCAGAAGAAGAAGACGGUGAAGUUGUUCUGGAGGGAGCUGAAGCAGGCGGACAAGCCUGAGAAGUGUCGUUUCGGCCGGGGGACGGUGUGGGCGUCUCUCGACAAGGUAGCGGUGGACACCGCCCGCCUCGAGCACCUGUUUGAGUCGAAAGCCAAGGAGCUCCACGUCACCAAGAAAGCACCCGAGACCAAAAGGUCUGAGAUUCUGGUUCUGGACUCGAAGAGAAGCAACGCCAUCAACAUCGGUAUGACCGUGCUGCCGGCCGUCCACGUCAUCAAGACCGCCAUCCUCAACUUUGACGAGUUCGCCAUCAGCAAGGAGGGAAUAGAGAAGAUCCUGACCAUGACCCCCACGGACGAGGAGAAGCAGAAGAUCCAGGAAGCUCAGCAGGCCAAUCCUGACGUCCCGCUGGGCACGGCCGAGCAGUUCCUGUUCAGCCUGGCCUCCAUCAGCGCCCUGACCCCCCGACUGCAGCUGUGGGCCUUUAAACUCAACUACGAGGCUCUGGAGAAGGAGAUCGCAGAGCCGCUGUUUGACCUGAAGCUGGGCAUGGAGCAGCUGGCGUCCAAUCAGACCUUCAGGAGGAUCUUGGCGACGCUGCUCGCCAUCGGAAACUUUCUCAACAGCUCCAGCGCUAAAGGCUUCGAGCUGGGUUACCUGGAGAAGGUGGUGGAGGUGAAGGACACAGUUCACCGUCAGUCUCUGCUCCAUCACACCUGCAGCCUGGUGGUGGAAAAUUACCCAGAAUCCUCUGACGUCUACUCGGAGGUUCCUGCCAUCACUCGCUCUGCCAAGGUGGACUUCGAGCUGCUCGCCGAGAACCUGGUGCAGCUGGAGAGACGCUGCAAAGCAUCAUGGGACAACUUGAAGGUGGUCGCCAAACACGAGACGAAGGCGGUUCUGAAGAACAAGUUGACGGACUUCCUGAAGGACUGUACACAAAGGAUCAUCAUCCUGAAGGUGGUGCACCGCAGGGUCAUUAACAGGUUCCACUCCUUCCUGCUGUUCCUGGGUCAGCCGUCGUCAUCGAUCAGAGACAUCAAGGUCACGAGCUUCUGUCGCAUCAUCAGCGAGUUCGCUCUCGAGUAUCGCACGACCAGAGAGCGAGUCCUCACCCUGAAACGAAAACGAGCCACUCACCGAGAGAGAACCAAGACCAGAGGCAAGAUGAUCACCGAGACGGAGAAGUUCUCGGGGGCGGUGCCUCGCCCGGACAGUCCCUCCCACGUCUCCAUGUCGACGGAGGCGGAGUUAGCUCAGGAGGAGGAGCAUGAGAACAUGAAGAACCUGUUGGUCAGCAGCGACGCCAGUCUGAGUGUCGACCCGAGAGGCCUGAGGCGCUCCAGAGCCGUCCGCAGUCUGGGCAGGGUGAGUCCGAGUCUGAUGUCUGUAGCCAGAGACGACGGGACCAGCUCCCAGGACGACGCCACAGACGAAAUCAUGGACCGACUCGUCAAAUCCGUUACUCAGAAUCCCUCAGACAGAGCAUCAAGCCCCAAGACACGGAGUCGCUCCCGACUCAACAGGAAGUCAUUGAGGAGGACUCUGAGGAGCGGCCUCAGUCUGGACGUGGUUCAGGCUCUGGGACUCAACAGCAAGACGGGAGACAAAGUCUGAUCCGUCCAUUGAUUAAAGAGACUGGACUCAGGUCAGCUGAUCAGAUGAGAGGCUCCGCCCACCGACAGGAGUGACUGAUUCAAACUGAACAAACUUUAUUGUCAACACUGUUCAUGUGGAAACAGUUAAAAAUCAGAGAAUCAGUCUGCUUCCGACACAGUGUGUGGUUUUAUCACAUGUUAAUGUGUUUAUAUUAACAUGUUGAACAACAGCAGUUGAUUCACACACCCACAGACACACAAAACACUGUGCAACACACACAAAUACACACACUGAAUUACACACACUCAGCUGUUUCUAUUUUUUAAAUACACAAACAAGUUUUUAACACACAAAAUUCACAAGUUUCAAUGUUUCACUAAAAGUUAUUUUUUUAUUAUUCUGACGUUACUGACACACACACACACACACACACAUUAAAGACAAACUUUAAAAUGUUUGAUAUUUAAAACACGUUAAGUUAAAGUUAGAGCAAAAAUCUCUUUCACCAACAUUUCACUAAAGUCUGAGUCUGAAUCGAACUGAAUGUAAAUAGUGUUUUAAAAUGAACUCAUUGAUCAAUACUUUUAUUGAUUCAGCUGAUAAAUAAAAAGCAGAGACUUUGUCAAACUAAAGCAGGAAACUGAUGAACUGAGACUUUUAAAAAUCUGAUCUAAUGAUCAUGUUAAAUCUUAAUACAGAAUGUAAAUAAGAAUGAAAAGAAUGUAUAAUAAAAAAGUAUUUUACUGAAGUUUGUGGUUGAAAUAUCAUCUGUCACCACUAGAGCGAUUCGGACUCGGACCAGGUGAGACGUCACCUUUACAACCAACACGCACACACACACACACACACACACACACACUUCAUGUCACAAAACAAAUUAGAAUAAAAUCACUAAUGUGGAACAAAACAGUUCAACAUGUCACUGUCACUGCUUUAGCCCUGUUUGUGUGUGUGUGUGUGUGUGUGUGUGUGUGUGUGUGUCAGCUGCUUCUGACCUCAGGUCAGUUUGUGUGACUCUGCUGACAAAGACUCUGUUUUAAUUUAAAGUGGAAGAUGAACAUUUUAUAGAAACAGUAGAGGAAGAGUGAACCUGUUCCAUGUUCUAAGUAAUAAAGUUUUUUUUAUAAAGAA